UCAGAUGUAUGGACGCUACACUCAGGACCUGGGAGUUUUCGCCAAAGAGGAGGCUGCUCGUAUUCGAAAAGAAAUUGAACGCCGCAAACCAGGCAAAGGUGAUCAGCCACGGGUAGCGGAGCUAAAAGAAUAUGAUGAGAGCCGUUGUGCCAAGUGUAGAAUCUGUUGCGUGCACAUUCAGAGACUUCUGCUGUCUCAUAUUGGGGAAGACUGGAUAUUCCUUAUUCUUCUGGGCUUGGUGAUGGCUCUUGUCAGCUGGGUCAUGGACUUCACAAUUGCAGUUUGCCUACAAGCUCACAAGUGGAUGUAUGGAGGUUUGGAGAAAUAAUAUUUUUCUGCAAUACUUGGCUUGGGUUACAUAUCCUGUCGUCCUCAUCACUUUCUCUGCAGGAUUCACACAGAUCAUGGCGCCUCAGGCUGUGGGUUCUGGUAUUCCGGAGAUGAAAACCAUCUUGCGUGGUGUGGUGCUAAAAGAAUAUCUUACCCUUAAAACAUUUAUUGCCAAAGUCAUUGGACUAACUUGUGCCCUUGGUAGUGGAAUGCCACUGGAAAAAAGAAGCCCGUUUGUGCAUGUUGCCAGUAUGUGCGCUGCUCUGCUCAGCAAGUUCAUGUCGCUGUUUGGUGGAAUAUAUGAAAAUGAGUCUCGUAACAUUGAGAUGUUGGCAGCAGCCUGCGCUGUUGGAGUUGGAUGCUGCUUUGCUGCUCCUAUUGGAGGAGUCCUGUUCAGCAUUGAGGUCACUUCAACAUUUUUUGCUGUGAGAAAUUACUGGCGUGGUUUCUUUGCUGCUACCUUCAGUGCUUUCAUAUUCCGAGUCUUAGCUGUAUGGAACAAGGAUGAGGAGACCAUCACUGCUUUAUUUAAAACCCGCUUUCGCUUGGACUUUCCCUUUGACCUGCAGGAACUUCCAGCGUUUGCUGUUAUUGGGAUUGCUAGUGGAUUUGGUGGUGCGCUGUUUGUUUACCUGAAUCGAAAAAUUGUAGAAUUUAUGAGGAAGCAGAAAGCCAUUAACAAGUUUCUUAUGAAAAAGCGCUUGUUAUUUCCUGCUGUGGUCACCCUACUCAUAUCUACUUUGACGUUCCCUCCUGGAUUUGGACAAUUUAUGGCUGGCCAGCUGACACAGAAAGAAACCCUAGUAACACUGUUUGAUAAUUGCACAUGGGCUCAGCAAGGUGUCUCAGAAGACUUUAUGUUCAAAGGAGCCUCCAGUGCCUGGAAAAACCCUAAAACAAACGUGUUUGUUAGUCUAGUGGUCUUCAUCCUAAUGAAGUUUUGGAUGUCUGCUCUGGCUACUACAAUUCCAGUACCAUGUGGAGCAUUCAUGCCAGUCUUUGUGAUUGGUGCUGCAUUUGGCAGGUUGGUUGGCGAGAGCAUGGCUGCUUGGUUUCCAGAUGGUAUUCACAGUGAUGGGAGUACAUAUCGAAUUGUACCUGGUGGUUACGCAGUUGUUGGUGCUGCAGCACUGUCUGGAGCAGUCACACAUACCGUGUCUACAGCAGUCAUUGUCUUUGAGCUUACUGGGCAGAUUUCUCACAUCCUGCCAGUGAUGAUUGCAGUCAUUCUAGCAAAUGCUGUAGCACAGAGUUUGCAGCCAUCGCUUUAUGACAGCAUUAUCCGCAUUAAAAAACUACCUUAUCUUCCAGAACUGGGUUUUGGUCACCAAGAGUAA